AUGCCUUCUGAUUACCCACCGUUGCCGACCUCAAAGGGAGGCCAAGAGGGCGGCAAUUUGGAAAAUGAAAGUACUAUAUCAGUGCCGAGAGCUCUUCCAACACGCCAACGUUUGCGUGCCAAAGAUGCCAUCCUUGUUUCCGAGAGCACACCAACUGCGCCAAGUGUGAUAUCGCCCAAUGGCGAUAUUAUUCUUCAAUACGCUACGACCUCACCUGAGACAAAGCAUUACUGGCAGGUUUCUAGCGAACAACUCAUGGCUGGAAGUCCUUACUUCGGAGCGAUGUUGGACUCUGAAAAGUUUAUGGAAGGAAGACUACUUGCGCAGCAGAGGCAAGCCCUGAUAGACGGUGCGCCACAUAGCUCUUCGAGCAAUUCGGGCGUCUCGUCACUCGCCAAAUUGCCUAUUGUGGAGAUUCCUUGCAGCACAAAGUUAGAACUAUGCGGUGUUGAGGCGAUACAGCUGUUCCUCAAGAUUCUGUGCCUCGAUUCUUCGGACACAGAAGCACAGCAUAUCUUCUACGACGGCUUGACAGCACAAUCAUCUUCCAUUAUUGCCAAGUUGAUUGACAUAUCUGAAUGGUUCAAUUCUACAAGUCCUGUUUAUAAGGCUUUGCAGACAGCUCAGUAUAGAGGCGGUGGCAAGUCGAAAUCAACUGGAGUCAGCACGAAAGUCUUCACUUUUGAUAUGUUGAAGUUAAAGGAAAGACGCAUCCGAGAAAUGAUCUUCAUUUCUGCAUCUCUUGGCUUAAAUGAUAUCUUGAAAGCGAUGACGCAUGCCCUGAUUCUAGUAGGGUCAAGAUACUGGCAGCAAGGACCAGAAAGACCGUCGUCAGAUGGUUAUCUGAGUUGGAAAUAUCUACCUAAUGGCCUUGAAGAGGAAAUAUAUCACAGGCGACAGUGUGUUAUGAACACACUAACUGAUCUACAAGCUCACUUUCUUCGUGCUUAUGGCGGACUUGAAAGAGAUGGGCCAAGUCCGAAGCCAAGUACGGCAGGUGUGGCAUUUUCUUCAAGUUUUCGAAAUCCCGAGCUGCAGUGUCGGAAUGGACUCGACAACGGUGCGCAGUGCGACAUCUUUCAUCUUGGCCAAAUGACACGUUUUUUUGCACUACGAACGAAGACCAUAUUUUUGGGAUCGACGCUUGUCGAUCCUAACUUUAACAUCGAGGAUUCCGAUGAAGAAUUAUACGAACAAUAUAACGGCUCGAAGGAAGACGGUGACCUCGAAGAGCCCCAGUUUGCGAUAAACCAGGUCAUAGCUGGGCUAAAACAAUACCCCGACUAUCAAAUUGACACCAACCAUGUCGGUUGUGGUAUUCGGCGUCGGAUCCUGCCGAUCUUAGACGGCAUCGAGAAAUUCACCGCCGACAGUCGAGGUUUACUCGGAAUUCAAGCAAGCUUGUGGGAAUCACCUGAAACCCGGAUGGUGAGUGCAUGGUCCGGGAAAGGGGGGCCCAAGGACCACACGAUCGAAAUACGCUUUGCAAAAAUCACCAAAAUCGACAUACCAUCCUAUGGUCCGCUGAAACACUUUAUCUCCCCCGAAGAUCAAGCACGCUUUAUGUUUACUGCGGCAAAGUAUAAAUGGGAAGCAUAG